AUGGCGAAUCUGGGAUUCUUCAAGGAAGUGAUGGCUGAAGCUGUAGACAGGGCCAAGGGCGCCGUGGUGGAGAAGACGCAGGCGGCGGUGGGGAAGGCGAGGGAGAUGGUCGGCCUGGUGGAUGGCUCGGUGGAACCCUCUGCUCCUCCCCCGGAGCCGUCGAUUCUGGACGAACUGAACCAGUACUGCUCGCUCACGCUGAAACAGGGUCACCUGGGUGAAGCGGUAGACAGGGCGAAGGGCGCCGUGGUGGAAAAGACGCAGGCGGCCGUGGGGAAGGCGAGGGAGAUGGUGGGACUGGUGGAUGCCUCGGCGGAUCCCUCUGCGCCGCCCCCGGAGCCCUCGAUCCUAGAUGAACUGAACCAGUACUGCUCGCUCACGCUGAAACAGCUUAUGGAAAAGGCUGUGGGGAAGGAUGUGGGGAGGGCCGUGGGGAGGGAAGUGGGGAAGGCUGUGGGGAGGGCUGUUGGGAGGGAAGUGGGGAAGGCGAGGGAGAUGGUCGGCCUGGUGGAUGCCUCGGAGAACCGUCGAUUCUGGACGAACUGA